AAGACAAAAUUGAUACCAAAUUUUAACGAAGGGUAUAUGUUACCUGCAAAAUUAGGGCACACCAAUUCAGUUGAGAGAGAUACCUGAGCUGAAGAUGAGGAGAAUUUCUCGCAAUGGUAUUCCCUUUAUCUCUUUCUUUGCUAUUUCCCGUGCAACUACUGUUAGAGUUUAUUCUUCAAAUCAUAGUAAUAUGUCCAUUUCUGAAAAGGGUAAAUUUGGGGUAAAUAACAACUUUGAGAACGUGAAAUGUUUAGAUGAUGCUGUUAGUCUCUUCCAUCAAAUGGUUAGGAUGCAACCUCUUCCUUCUGAUUUCGAUUUCUCUAAAUUACUUAAGACCAUCCUAACUAUGAAGCAUUACUCUGCUGUUGUUUCUCUUUUUCGAGAAAUGCAGAAAUUGGGUAUCCCUAUUAAUGAUUUCAUCUUGAAUAUCGUGAUUAACAGUUAUUGUCUGAUGCAUCAUGUUGAUUGUGGAUUUUCGGUGUUAGCCAUUUACUUGAAGAAAGGCAUUCCGUUUGAUGUUGUAACCUUUACCACCCUAAUUAGGGGAAUCUUUGCUGAAAAUAAGGUCAAAGAUGCAGUUGACUUGUUCAAAAAGUUGGUGAGAGAGAAGAUUUGUGAGCCUAAUGAAGUCAUGUAUGGAACCGUCAUGAAUGGUCUCAGCAAAAAGGGUCAUAGUGAGAAGACUUUAAGUUUGUUCUGGUUAAUGGAACAAGGGAACAUUAAGCCGAACAUAUGUAACUACAACAUUGUCAUAGAUUCCCUUUGCAAAGAUAGAAACUUAGAUGCUGCUAUCAGCCUUUUGAACGAGAUGAAUAAGAAAGGCAUUCGCCCAAACAUAAUCACAUAUAAUUCAUUAAUUGAUGGUUUGUGUAAGUUUGGUCAGUGGGAAAAGGUUAGGAUUUUGUUCUCUGAGAUGGUAAAUCAUAAUAUUUAUCCAGAUAUGCACACCUUCAACAUAAUGAUUGAUGGACUAUGCAAAGAAGGGAAAGUUGAAGACGCCGAGGAAGUAAUGAGACAUAUGAAUGAAAAAAGUGUAGAGCCUAAUAUAUUUACUUACAAUGUGAUAAUGGAUGGAUAUUGUUUGCGUGGUCAAAUGGAUAGAGCGAGGAGAAUUUUCGAUUUCAUGAUAAAUAAGUGCAUUGAGCCUGACAUUAUUAGCUAUACCACACUAAUAAAGGGAUACUGCAAGAAAAAGAAGUUGGACGAGGCUAUGCAAUUGUUUCAUGAAAUUUUCCAAAAGGGAUCAAAGCCUAAUAUUGUUACCUACAAUACCAUCUUGCAAGUUCUGUUUGAAGUUGGACAGAUUGGCUCUGCAAAAAAGUUCUUUGAUGAGAUGCUAUCUACGGGGCCUGUACCUAAUUUAUACAUUCAUUGCACUUUACUCGAGGGUUAUUUUAAGUAUGGACUUGUUGAAGAAGCUAUGUCACUCUUUAAUGAGUUGGAAAGAAAGAGAGAAAAUGUUGAUAUUGAAUUUUACAAUGUUGUCAUUAAUGGAUUGUGCAAAAAUAGAAAACUUGACAAAGCUCAUGCUAUUUUUGAGAAGCUUUCUUUUAUUGGAUUGCUUCCGAAUAUGAGAACAUACAAUACAAUGAUAAAUGGACUUUGUCUUGAAGGGUUGUUAGAUGAAGCUAAAGAUAUGCUAAGAAAAAUGGAGAACGAUGGUUGUUUGCCAAACAGUAUCACUUACAACGUUAUUGCUCAAGGAUUUCUCAGGUGCAACAGAAUUAGUGAAAUGACAACUUUUAUGAAGGAAAUGGCUGGAAGGAAAUUCUCAUUUGAUGCAACUACAACUGCGUUAUUGGUAAAUGUUAUAAGGGAGAAUCCUUCUGUCCUUGACAUGAUACCAGAGCUUCACUUGAAAAAUAACAAGUGAAUAUUUCUUUCGCUUGGUUUAUCCGGCUACACUAUCACCGCGAUACAAUUUCCUUUUACCUCUCAAAAGAAAUCGCAUCUGAUGCAAUCACAUAAUCUGGAAAAAAAUGCAAUUAGAACAUUUCUCGAGCUUUCCAAGCAUGCCUAUUGAGGAGGUUCUUCAUUACAUCCAUCAGAUUGAAUCUUUAUCUCAUUUCAUACUACCAAUGGUAUGAAAUGCCUACUGCAUCAUCAGCUCAAUCCGCGGAACCACAUAGGCUCAAGGGUGGUCAGUCAAACAAUUUUGCCGGAAAAUUAGACUGCAUAUACUAAAUCGUGAAUGUCCUCUGAAAUUCCUGUCACCAUAGCAUAAGCUCAUAAAAUUUAGUGGGCUUUAAUGUUUUGAUAGGGAACUAAGAAUACGUUCAUGUUGUUUUCACUUACUGUCUUUUGUAACAACAUGGCUCAAGAAAUGCUUAUACAAUUAGCUAGUACUCUUCUUUUUCCUUUUAAAAAUAAUUCUUACUGAAAUCCAAUUUACUAUGAAUUCACAACUCUCCGGCGCUAUCAAUAUUAUUCCUGCUUUUCAUUUUAUAGGCACUAUAUUCUGUUACUCCAUCCCAAAAAGGCGAAAUUUUUAUAUUUUUGAACUGUUCAUUGGAAGAAACUUAAUGACAUAAAGACUGGAAUAAUUGAGUGGUAUUUGGAUGGGAAGUAUCUGCUGACUCCAACAUGCAAAUACUCAGUCAGCAGAAGCUAUAUUGCAAUGAAAUAUAACAUGUCCAGAUGCAAAGUAGCAGACUUAUUGUGCCUAUGUGAUGACUUGCUUGUCGAAACACAGCAACAUCUAUUCUAUGAAUGUAGCUGGAUAGCAGAAGUGAAAAAUGGCCUAGCAGACUGGAUUGGUUUGUCUAUCAGGAGACGUUUACGCAGGGUCCGAGAAGGUCCGCACCCCCUUGUAGGCAACCUAUCCUCGUGGCUGAUUUCACGGCUCAAAGAUAUAUAGCUCACACGGAGACAACUUUACCGUUGCUGAAAGCCUCUCCUUCCUUGGAUGAUGCAGAGCUUAAAAUGGAUGGAAAUUAGACAUUUGAGACAACUCAAGGAGGAGUCAUCCAAGAAAGCUCACGGGUGUAUUUUUUUUUAAUUCAGAGAUUAUGUAAUUAGUUUUUUGUUGGAGGCCUAAGCACCCAACUUGGUUCUUAGUUUACUGUUUUAUUUUUGGCAAUGGUAAUUUUAACAGUUAUUGCGGGAAAAAAAAUACUUAACCAUA